AUGAAACCAUCUAAACUGCAAGAUCAUCUGAUAAUAUUUCAGAAGAGACCUACACUGGACAGAAUGUUCGCUUCGACGUCACAAAGAAAUGAUGAUGGUUUGCGGGCGUCUUACAAUAUCUCGUUACUUAUAGCAAAAUCCGGAAAACCGCAUACUAUCGGAGAGAAGUUAAUUUUGCCAGCCGUUGAAGAGGUUUUAAAAACUGUUUUACACAAACCUGCAUCUGAUAUCAUUAAAAGAAUUCCCUUAAGCAACAAUACUGUUGAAAGACGUAUUGAUGAAAUGAGUUCUGAUAUUGAAAGGUUCUUUUGUAAUUAUUUGCAAACGACCUAUUUCUCUAUACAACUGAACGAGUUAACUUUACCUGAUAAUGCAGCAUUAUUAUUGGCAUAUGUUCGUUUUAUUAUGAAUCAAGAAAUCUACGAACAACUGCUCUUCGCAAGAACUUUGAUAACCGACACUAAAGGUGAAUCAAUAUUUCAUGUUUUGAAGGAUUACUUCAUUGAAAAAGCAAUUCCUUUAUCAAAUAUGAUAUCAGUAGCUACAGAUGGAGCACCUGCCAUGGUUGGACGUUAUCGUGGAUUUAUAAGCUAUUUAAAACAAAAUGUGUCAUGGGUGUUAGCAAUACAUUGCGUCAUCCAUCGACAACAUUUAGUUGCUAAAAAUUUGAGUGUUAGAUUGCAUGAAUCACUUCAUUUAGUCAUUGAUGCAGUAAACCGAAUCCGAAGCAACGCGUUGAAUACGCGGUUAUUUGCGCAGUUGUGUGAAGAAAAUGACGAACACUUUCAUCAAUUACUCCUUCACACUGAAGUACGCUGGCUGUCGAAAGGCUUAUGUUUGACAAGAUUUUUUGCACUUUUUGAGACUAUUUUAGAAUUACUGGACACUAAAGAUAAAAUUUUAAAAGAAAAUUUAAUGAAGAGGAAAACAGAUUUGUUUACAAAAUUUAAUAUGGUUAAUUUGCAAUUACAAGGCGACAGUUUAAAUUUGAUUAAAACAAAGUCCAUCUUAUCAGCGUUUCUUGCCAGAGUUAAACUAAUGAAGCAAAAUAUUGGACGGGGCGAAUUUUCUCAGUUCCCCAAUUUGUCACAGACAAGCUGCCAGGAAGACGACGUUUCAACUUACGUUCAACAUUUAAAUGCCGUCUAUUCAGAUUUUGAAUCUAGGUUUGAGGAUAUUUUGACUAUGGUAAUACCACCGUGGAUAAAUAAUUAA